AUGACAGUACGGCCGGGCUCUGCAUGAUUUGAAACGCAAGUCGACUGGUGAUGACUCGUGACCGGGUUGGGGUUUAGGGCCUGACAACUUUUUUGGGCCUCGGACAGGGCUAAUCUCAAGCCAGAAGGGCCUAGAAAGGCUCCUUGAUGUUCCUCACUAACGUGGCUUUUCGUCAAAAAAUUUAUCGGAAAAAAUCAGUCGAAUAUUUUCCUUCAAUUUCUGCCAGUCGGAGCAGAUCUCAAAAAAUUUGUAAACCCUUAAAAUUGUUAGGCUUGGGAAAAAAUUAAUUUUUUUUACCACACCAGCCAAGAAAUCGACCAUUUUUUUGAUUUUUCGUUUGUAAUGUAAAGUCAACUCUAAGAGGAGCCCCUAUAUAUACUUAUAUAUACUCUAUAUUAGCUUGCCCUUGGGCCCAACUUUACGGAGUGAUCGUUCUACGGUAAUGCCAGUCUGUCGAGAAAAUAAUGUGGAUUCGUCGCGCCUUACAUUGUUGGAAUUGGCCAUUGCUUUGUGACGGCAAGUUUGGUGCUCGACUGCGGCAAAAUGAACUAUUUUGCUGCCACAAAUCCCCGUUAUUCACUUGACAGACUGAUAGUAGAAUACUAGUUUGUUUGAAAACUUGUUGGAGUUUUUUCGUGACAUGCACUAUGCAAAAACAAAAGCUUAUUUUGCACCGUGAAAUAUCUUUUUUUCGGCUGUCGCUCGCGCAGAAUUUCUUGCAUAGUGCAUGCACCAAAAAUCACUGCAGUGACUUUUCAAGCGGACUUGUCUCAGACAAGGUCCUAUUUGGCUUAUAUUUCCCACACCGCCCGUUCCAUCGCGAAGACCAAUGAUUAAAAUUGAAGCCCACUUCAAUUUUAAUCAUUGGUCUUCGCGCUUCAAUUCAAUUUUUAAUAAAUCUCUUCGCUUCGACCAAAUCUCUCCAUCGUAACUCAAUACUCCCGCGAUGAUAUCACGCUUAUGAAAUAUGAAUUGAUCGGCGAAAAAACCGCUUUAUUUAACUUUUUGGUUGUCCUUGAUUCAUGAUUGUGCAAACAAACCCGCGCCUCUCAAUUUCCCUAUCGCUGUUUGAGGACGACAGCGCGUCAUUCGAAUGGAUCGCCGUGAAAAAAUAGCCGUUACCGCGGAUGGGGGGAGCACUGCGACAGUGUGAAUCAGAAGGUGGUGGUUUUGAGGGCCAAAUGAGCUGUUAGUUUCUUGAACAUAAGUUAGUGUUACGAGGUUUUUUCUGUUCCAUUUUAUGAAGUGAAAUUUCAAAAAUAUCAUCUAUACUCCAUUUUUAUUGACAGUGAAAAUACUGAAAGAACAACGCUUAGAUUUCGAUGAAAAUUGGCACAAAUUUAGAGUAAUUUUUGCGAAGAUUUAUUCGAGAAUCCUAGCUCCCGCUUUGCAGAAACGACCGAGAUUUUUAGAUCGAAAGUUUGACAAAAUUUGAAUUUUUUUCGGGAAUUUCUGCGUAAAAAGUUUCAUACAUAUUUCUACUCUAAAGGGUAAUGUUUCCACAAAGAAUCAAUUUUUUCCAUGCAAAGAUAGCAAAGUUAUGGCCAAGAAAUGUUUUUCUUCUCACUCAUCUCCGAUUUUCGCGCACUCCCUCACUUUCCCUGUAAAAAUAAUUUUUUGCGUGUUAUUGCGAGCCUAAUCAGAUGUUUUACCAAUAUACUAUAUAUUACAUAUGUACAUAUAUGUCAUCUUUAGAACCCGCCAAUUUGUAGACUCCUAACCAUUUCCCAGCCGAAUUCAAAGUGAAGGCCUACAAGGUCCCGAAUGAAGCGAUGGGUGGUAGCGCCACUGUAAACGCACCGCCCAUCCGCUUCGAUCGCCAUUACUUUUUGAGUAUCGGCUCGCAUCUGAAGGUGUGCCAAAUUGUAAGUUCUUGUCGUUUGAUAUGCGAUAUUUAGGGAAGAUUUGCCCCCGUUUCAGUCGAAGAGGCCCCAAAAAAAGGCGAAGAGGCCCCCUUUUUCAUUUUCGGAAAAAAUCGAACAAGUCCCCUUUUCUAAGCAGGCCCCAAGAAGAAAAAAAAAAUUUUACAAAUUGAUAAAAUAUGGUGUGACAUGAUACGAUGAAAAAUUUUUAAAAAAAUUCAAAAAUUUUUUUUUAUCGAGUAAGAUGUCAACAUUCAUUUCGAUUUUUACACUGCAAAAAAUCAUCGUAUAAAAUGUCACACCCUGCAUUUUCAAUUUUCAAAAAUUUGUUGAUCGUAUAACAUGUCACCCCUCAUUUUCAAAACUUUUUUUUAAAGGGGCCUCUUCGUUUUUGGGGCCUCUUCGGCACCGGGCCUCUUCAAAAAAGGCCUGUCUUUGACCUGAAUCGUCUUCAACAACUUUGUUUCAGUUGCUGAACUUGAUAUCCUUGUUUGUCAUCUUCGCCUGCUACCCCAAUUCCUUCAACGAAAGCUGCCUGUGGCGAUUGUAUUCCUCGAACCAACUGUUCAUCAUCGUGUGUGUAAAUGGGUUCUUCUUCGUCUUGACGACACUUCUAUGGUUGGCAAAUGCCUUCAGCUUCCCGGACGCCUAUUAUCAAUUCAACUUUCAUAUUCUGGCACGUAUCAUUUUUUAACUUACUUUAGUUUUUUCAACAGACUUUUUGCUGUGUUUUCUUUAACAAGAAACAUGUUUCAGGAGCGAUUACACGCCUUAUUUGCCAUGGCCAUGUACGUUUUGGCGAUUGGGAUUCUGGUGUGUACAAAUACAAGGCACCAUUUUUCAAGUGUUUGGCUGGUAGAUUUGGUAAGCUGUACAAAGUUUUUAUAGUACCAAUUUCCGCACGCAAAGUCUUGAACACGCUGAAAACGUGUGUUUCAUCUAUAAAUUUAGCACAAUUAGACAUGUGUAGGCCACAUAUCAAUUCCUCAAUUCUUUAGCCCGCGCUUUGCAGACCCAAGUUUUGUAGCCCUGCGCAAAAAAACCUUUUUCACUUGAAACGCAACCCUCUAUGUUAAAACAGUGUGAAAUUUUUUAUGCCAUAGUUCGAAAACAAGUGUUACAUUUUAGCUGACUUUCGACCUCAUAAUCGCGGCCGAUUCUGCAAAGCGCGAGCUAGGGGCAGAUAUUGCCACGGUCAAAAUUUUGGCUCCGGCUCUACGGCUCCCAUGAAAAAUUUAAAAAGAUCUCCGGCUCCGAAUCCCGCCUCCCGUGAAAAAUUUUUUUUUUAAAUAUGUUUCCAAAAAUAAAAGUUAUUAAUGCCGGAGAUCAUACAGCCAUAGCUUUUGCAGCCAUCCUUCCCAGUAUAUAUUUUUCAAGCAAUUUGGUUUAACAAGAUCAUAAAAUUUUUACUUUUCUGAACGCUGAGAAUCCUGGCUCCGACUUUGGGUUCGGGAGCCGGGGCCGCACCCAAAAUUUCCGGCUCCGGAGCCGUGGCAAUCUCUGGCUAGGAGUCAUGCUUAUGUUUAAGGGAAUUUGUUUUUUUUUUAACACAAUUCAUUUUCUCGGCGGCGAUGCGAUUUUCGAUGCAACAUAAUGCUCAUUAUUUUCCCGACAGGCUGAUAAAUUUGCGUCAAGUUUCAUCAAAAUCUGAGCGUCACACUUGGAGUACCUCCCGCUUCAGCAACAAUAUCACUACGAAAUUUUAAAGGCGCUCAAACAGACAUUUUCAUACAUUUAUAAUUACUUAUCCAUCUUCAGGCCGCCCUCUUUAUCACCCUUCUGGUCUACGCGUUGGAUUAUUGGCGUCGGCGGAAGGACGAUGGGAUCCCAAGACAUCAGCAAUCUUCCGGUCGUCGGAUUCUGGCCUAA